AUCGACAACCUCGUGGCCCUGUUAUUCGUAUCGCUAUCGAUACUACACGAUGAGCUUGUCGGGCUUACCUCAACGGGAGCUAGUGGCACUAUGUCCCGAUGCGGUAAUGCCAAGGCAAGUCCGCUCCGCCCUCAGCAUUGGAGAACUCGCCGCCCAGACAAAAGUGAGUACCUUAAACAAAGGCAGACCAUUGGCAGCGCAGCCACUCACAACAUUGCUAUUGUUCCUCAUCGCCGGUGGCCUACUCCAGUUUCUGAGUACCUUAUCCUUGGCUAUUGUCACUUGAGGAUAUUUGCGGGCUUGGCUCCCGGCCACCAUGUGUUUGCCCUCUCCUCCACGCCUGGUGCUGCAGCCCAGACCAGGGCAUUUUGCCCUUGGAUGAUGCUCAAAAUGAUGGGUAUACCUUUUCAACCUAGUUUUUGACAAGACUGGGUUGAACUCGGAUUCAAGAACAGAGACCUUGAUCUUCCUGCGGUUGUUGAGUCAAGUGAUACUCUGAUACUGCUCUGGUCCUCUUCUUUGGUCAUAGAAAUUCCUGCUCCACCAGAACCACAAAUGGCAGUCACGACCCUCCACCUGUGAAUCAGCGGGAAGGAACGAUAUAAUCCCCUCGCUUCAGACGCAGUUUCUCGCCUACAAUCACUCAAACGAGGUGGCGUCUAUCUGACCAUCUGAUCAUCUGUUGGACACAUUGAUCGUUCAGCAUCACGACAUAGACUUGCAUCUAUCACCGAGACCAUCAUGUUGUCCUCUUCCAUACUUUUAUUACUGGGGCUGGCCAGCGCGGUCAAAGCCCAGACCACUUACACCGGCUGUCACAAUCAUUCCACCGUCGAAUAUUGCUACGGUCCGGAUGGCGAGGAAACUGCUUUGGUCACCUACUCGGCCGUCGACUCCUCCACAUUGACCACAGCCACCCUGCCGGUUUCUGUCUCCGCUUCGGCUACCACGACAGGUCAGACAACUGCCGUCACAGGCUGCCACACACAUGGAAGCGACAUUUACUGCAUCAAUGGUGCUGGCGAUGAAGUGUCAAUAUCUGUCACUGCAACUGCUACUGGAGAACCACCCGCCCAGUAUACCGACUGCCAUGCCCAUGGCACCGACCAAUAUUGUAUGGCACCUGAUGGCUCUGAAGUACUCAUUGUCGGAAGUUCCACGGCCGAAGAGGAUCACGACGAUCACGACGAUGACCACGAUCAUGAAGAUGGUGAAGAGCAAGAAAUGGACUGUCACUUUCACGCCGGAGUCGAACACUGUGUUCCUGCUGGCGGUAGCGAGCAAGGCGAAAGUGAGGGCGCUGCGCUUAACUGCGAACUCGUCGAACGAGACUACGACAUAGGCUUACGGAUAGGAACCAUCUUUGUCAUUCUUGUUACAAGUGCCAUUGGUGUUUUCGCUCCCAUGCUGCUGUCGAAACUUCCAUUCCGAAGGAUCAACCAGUCAGCCUUUACCGUCGUCAAGCAGUUCGGCACAGGAGUGAUCCUGUCAACUGCUCUUGUGCAUCUCUAUACCCACGCUCAACUCAUGUUUGCGAACCAAUGCUUGGGCCGUCUCAGGUAUGAAGGGACAACAUCGGCAAUUGUGAUGGCUGGCAUCAUUCUUGCAUUCUUGUUCGAGUAUGUUGGUCACCGAAUUGUUAUUGCAAGAGUACACCGUGCCAGCCAAGGAGAUGUGCCUCCUAUUGAAGCAAGUUCGUCCUCUACCUCCGAUACAUCCAAAGGCGAGAUCAACCAAGAGGGCAAAGAUGGCAAAGAUGCGUCCGCGUCAGCAUCAGCGCCAGCAUAUCAGGCCAACAAUCUGACCAACCUAGGCCAUAGCCAUGGCAAUCCAUUGGAUCCUGCUAACCCCCACUCUACAAUGUCGGUCAUGGUUAUGGAGGCGGGUAUCUUAUUUCACAGUAUCCUGAUUGGCUUGACGCUUGUUGUGGCUGGCGACUCAUUCUACAAGACACUUUUGGUUGUCAUAGUCUUCCACCAAUUCUUCGAGGGUCUUUCUCUUGGUGCUCGGAUCGCAGUUCUCCCAGCCAAAUUCGCAAGAUUCUGGCCCACCAAGUUUUUCAUGGCGACUGCUUUUGCAUUGAUCACACCAAUUGGCAUGGCAAUUGGCCUUGGCGUCAUCAACAGUUUUAACGGAAAUGACCCCAAAACCAUUGUGACCAUUGGAACGUUGGAUUCGCUGAGUGCUGGAAUUCUUCUCUGGGUUGGUUUGGUUGAUAUGCUGGCCCGAGAUUGGAUUCUGGACCAUGGAGAGAUGGUCGAAGCCAGCAUUGGUCAAACACUUCUUGGUGGGGUCAGCUUGUUUGCAGGUAUGAUUUUGAUGAGUGUGCUCGGAAAAUGGGCAUGAUGUAUGGACUUUUUGGUUCAAGAUGCAAAACAUAGACUAUAGCAUGGCAAGCGGGUAUGGUUAAUUGGGCCGUUGGCCUAUAGAAGGACGUUUUACAGUCAAAUUACCUCGACCAAAUAAUUGAAUGGCAUGGAAUCAACCAUUUAAACAUGGGUAUGAAUGAAUGUUAUAUGAGUAUUUGAUACAGAAUCUACCUGAUUGGAUGCG